AUGGGCUUGCCCCCGUCUAAGACUGCCACACUAUUGGUGUCCAGCGUCACACCUCGUGCAGAGAUUGCCCAUGCACAGCCGACAGCGACCUCUUCACUUACUCAGAUUCGUCGCAACGAUCCUCUUGGAUCCGUUAAGGCGUCAAAAGGUCCAGCACCUGAGGCCGCUGCGGUCAAGCCCUCCGCUGCUUCGACAAGCAAGGGCUUCACUGCUUCUGCUUCAGCGAUUCCCUCAGUGCUUGAAGGCGUUCAGAUCAUUGCACAUUCUAAGGAGGUCCAGAAGAUGAUGGAUUCGAUGCAAAUUGCGUGGGGAGUGCAGUACGAGAUAGCGCGAGGUAUCUGCCAUGGAUACUGGACGUGGGACGAUGUCACAUCCUCGAAGCUGAACUCCCUGCGAGGCUCCAACGUCAUGGCUGCCCCGCGCGUAGCACGAGUGAUGCUGGGCCAUAAUCUCGGAAGGGCGAUCGCGAAUGAUCAUCCUUUAUGGACCGAGCUGGAUCGAGAACAAGAUGCAUUGCAAGCGGACCCGUCGCGCGGCCUAGGUCUUCAGGGCGAGUGGCACGGCGAUGCCAACUGGUACGGCGGCCGCAUACAGCAGGUAUCCCGGCUCGUGAAGACCGAGAGCGGUUCCUACAAGCUCGUUCUAGAGAGGAUGCUGAAGCGGAAGUCGAACCGUGUCGCGCGCUUCCUUGGCUCGCGGCGCGUCUUGCAAGUGAGCGUGCCCGACAAGCAAGUCCGCGAGCCGGAGGUCACUGCCGUCCGGCUUUUCUUCUCUCAAAAAUUUGUGUUAUGCGGCCGCGUGUUCGUACCAUUUGCAGCGAAGGACGGGAAGGUGUACAUGAUGGAGACAAAUGAGGAUUAUGAGCGCACUCCUGACCGGCGUGCGGACAAGAACCGCAUGUCUUUAGAGGAUUUUGUAGACUGGCACAAUCCUCUGGAUCUGAACGGGCAUCAACCAAUCACGAAGUGGAUCACUCGCUUCGAUCUCGGUCUGUCGACCUCCGUACCGGUCUUGCGCUUCCAGGGCAAGGGCGUCGACGUAUUCGAGAUCCCCGAUCAAUGUACAGUUUUUCGAAAGCCACCAACGGAAUGUAUCUUCACCGAUGGUUGUGGCUUCAUGAACGGAGCAGCGUUGGCGAAGAUCGCCAAGCAUCUGGGCUACUCGGAGCGUCCAACUGUUGUUCAGGGACGUUUCGGCGGAGCUAAAGGGCUAUGGGCGUUGCAUCCCAAAGACCAGGAGCCGGACGCGUUGCCGCGGAUUUGGACCCGACCGUCGCAGCAGAAGAUCAGAUACGCAGAGCUUGGCCUGGCUCAGCUCAUCUUUGAUCUGGUGUCGCCUCCCCGUGUCACGGCUCCCUCGCGGCUGUCGAAGCUCACCAUCAUGAACCUGUCGCACAAUGGAGUGCCUGAUCACUUAUUUGUUGACCUGAUGCGAGAGGGCUUGCAAAAGGAGAUGGACGCUCUUACGACAUGGUCAAGUGAGCAAGACUUGCUGCUGCUGUGGAAUGCAGUGAACCAAGUUGGCCACGUCACUAUGUCAAUAAUUCGGCGGCAGGCAUCUGGUGCAGCGCGUAUCCUCGGCUUUGGACGAGCGCAAGAUCGUGAGGACUGGGAGGGUGACGAUGGUGAUGAUGGUGAGAAUUUGGACGAUAUCCUCACUGAGAAGAGCCGGAACGAGUCUGGCGGCGAGCCUGUGUCUGCUGCCGCCGCUCUCAUGGAAUUGCUGCAAGCUGGAUUCCAUCCAAUGAAGCUGGAGCAACUGUAUGAGAAACUGAGGCAAAUAGUGGCAGCUCGACUUGAAGAGUUUAUCAAGGAGUUUCGCAUUGUCGUGCCGCAGUCUGCUGAGGCAUUCAUUAUACCAGAUCCCAUUGGGGUACUUGAGGAGGGCCAGAUCCAAUUCCGAGCAAGCCAGAAUCUGAAAGAUCCUCUAGAAGAUGCCUCGCCCACAGUCAUCACUGGCGAUGUCUUGAUUUACCGCAAUCCAGCCAGAGUGCCCUCAGACAUUCAGAAGGUUACAGCUGUUAACCACCCAGCCUUGGCAGCGUAUAUCAAUGUCAUCGUCCUUCCAGUAAAGGGACACCGAUCGCUGGCAAAUCUACUUGCCGGUGGCGUUUCUUCUGCAGAUGUUUGUGUGUGCAUCUAUGAUGCCAACCUGGUGAAAAAUUUUCAUACUCCAGCCAUCAACGACCCACCAGCAGACUUCAUGGAGAAGAACUUCGAGUCAGAAGGCUCUAUCGAGCAAGUGCACGACUUGCACGAACGUCUCCAGGCUGUGGCAGCUUCUAUCAGCCAGAGAGAACUUCAGGAAGUCUUAAUUUCCGGUCUCUCGGAUGCGCCAGUGGGAUUAUACUCAAUAUUCCACGAAAAUGCUGCAUACGCGUACGGCUAUGAUAGUCCGCAAACACUUCGCGCUGCCUAUAUGUUCAACGUUGUCUUGGAUUCGCGCAAGACAGGACACAGAGUACUGAAUGACAUCUUCCAAUCAGAUCAACGCAAGUAUGGACGCAAAAAGCCACUCUGUAUGAGAGGCGUAGAGGCAGAGACUUCUAUAUAUGGGACAAUGGGUAACCCAAUCCCACGGAGCCAUGGCUUGCCACCAUUCGUGCUGGAUGAGCUGUUACGUGCCGGGAAGAAGCUACAAGAUGCUCAUCUUGCUCAUUUCGAGCAACUCAAGAAAACAUCCCCGGAAAACCGAGAUGAAGAUUUAACUCGGCCCUUCGAAGAAGCUGCCGCACAAGCACAUCCUGUAUUGAAAAACGACCUGGACCUCAUCGAUGAGCAUGUCAGAAUGCACGUACGCCAAUGGCAACAGCUGUCUACCUUGCAGCUCGACGGAUCUCCAGCCAAACCUCGAGUUUCGCCAAAGAAGUUCCCAUCAAAGCCGGCGGGAAAGGCUCGACCAAAGACGGAGAAGGACAGGCUCUACCAACGGCUCGGCGAGUCGUUCGUACGUGGACCAGACGGCCUUCAUAUACUGUCAGCGCUUCCGGGUGCUGUGCACACUCUGAUUGCGUCUGCGGCGUACCGUGCCAAUGUGAAGUUCGCAUUUAGGUUUGCAUUUCGGGAUCUGUGUAGAAUCAAGGCUGAGGCUUCAGGCCUGAUCGCAUUCACUCCUUCGUUUGCAGAGCUAAUGGCCAUGCCAUCAUCUGCUGUGCGGGUAUUGGCGCAGAUGAACCAGGAUGCACCUCAUUUGUAA